AGUACCUAAGUGAUGUAGUGUGGUGGUUACUCGACCAGGAAAGACAACCCCCGCUUCGUCAACUCGAGCCCAGCCUGCUGUCCGUACAGUACUGUCUGAGCAAUUGAAAGGCUUCACUUUUAGCAGAAACCUCACCCACAUAAAAGAAUGUCUAGCACCAUCUGGAACCCUUACACCAAAUCUUACUACCUCGACUGCGGCCGCGAUGGACUAAUUCACGUUGUAUCCGAUUACAUUGUGGUGAAGCUCCUUGGCGAUACGGGAAAGGUCCAGACAAGAUUGUGCGGCGCUUACGAAGGAUUCCAUGGAAACUUUCGCACACGAGCAGGCUAUCUUCCUACGCACAGCUCAUGGCAUCUUCCUUCCGCGAAUGAAUCAGGAUCUUCGUUCUCGCCUCCGGCAAUCAAACAUUGCGGAGGCGGAGCAGUACCGGUGGGUUGCACAAGUCUCCUGCGCAGCUGGCUUGGAGGUCUCGACUACUUUCAUGGUCACCUGCGGCCGAGAAACAUCCCACUCGAUGCUACAGGCAAUGUCAGGAUAUGCGACUUCGGAAACAUGACCAGGCGAGGACAGGAAUAUCCUGGCGCAACAGAUCCUUUCAACCGAUCGAUUCCAGUUCACGCCGGUCCGGUUGGAGAGCAGUUCGCAAUUGGCUCUUGCAUAUACAACAUCCGGACUGGCCAUAAACCUCUAUAUCAUCUCAAGGAUUUAGAGCUCAGAUACGAGACAUUGGAGCAGUUACACACUGGCAUCGUCUCCCUACUCCAGAGCCAACAUUAUGACAAUCGUGCCGUAUUCAAUGAACCAGAAGCUUAA